AGGCGUGACGCUUGUGGUUGUCGUUUCACCGAUACGCACGAGGUUUCCCUAACCAAACACACAUGGAGGUGGAAGGAAUGAUUCCAUAGCGGUAAAGAAUCUACCAAACUCCAUAGCUUAUAUAUCUCUCCACCACGUCACUCUUCUCUUAUAACUCGAUUUUAUUUACUCUGAAGAAAAACAAGAAAAUGGCGAAUCAAGAAAUCUCUUUCACCGAUUUUCCGGAGGACAUUCAGGUGUGCAUCCUCUCCUUCCUCGCCCCAUCGGAAAUCGCCACCCUGGCCUGCACCUCCAAGCAAUUGGGUUCUCUCUGCGGCCGUGACUCUAAGCUGUGGUUCAGUAUGUGCCAGCGCAGGUGGGGUUCCAAGACUCGCAUCACGCAAUGGGGCAACGCCAAGGGCACAAUUUCCUACAGGCACCUCUACAAUACCCUCCACCACUGGGAGAAUUUCCUUGGUUUCUGGCGCCGAAGCGGAUUGAACCCUUUGUUGCUUUUCUUCGAAUGGGGUCCUUCGUUUAUCUCGGCUUCUAGGGUUUCCCCUUCCGAAUCGCUUGCCUAUGGAGUCACCAAAACGCCUUUUCUCUGGAUGAGUCUCUCGGAGGAGGGGGACGUCGUCACUUUUCUCGAUCCUGAUGGAAAGCCCGAUGGGGAACGUGGGAUUCAGAGUGAAUUGAUUGCUGUGGAUGUUAGUUUCAUGGGAAAGACACACUUUGUAGUGGAGGAGAAGCAGUUUAAGAGUUUUAUCAGUGAUGAUUGCGGAGAUGAGGUUGUAGAGAGCGGAUCGCCGCCGGAGAAACUGAAGGCGGAGAUUUACCAGCAUUUCGCUAAUCGGCGGAGUCCCGGUGGGGAUCGAUCCCGGAGACAGCGCCGCAGGGAGAAGGAGAGGCUCGCCAGACGGAAGUGGGAAUCUCAGCAUUUUGUCAAGAUUGUGAAUUGCUCGCCCACGCCGGAGAGACCCUUACAGGGCCUCUGGAAGGGAAUUUGUAACGACAGGAGUCUGGCAUUUUAUUUGGUUGGAUAUGAUGAUAUUGGAGGCAUCUCUUGUCGUCGGAUUGGAGAUCAUCCAAAAUAUGCCCCAUUUUUCUGGGUAUCAAAUGCUACAUUUUUGGAAUCUCCCUUUCCUCCUGAAGAAGAAUCAUUGUACGCUGGUCGUGUUCAUGUUAGACCACUUCAACCAGUCAAUGAAAUACUUGAGCAGUUCCUUUUGUUAGAUGAUGAAGUGAUGAAUGGGAUUCAAGAGGUUCGGAUAUCAGAAAAUGUGGUAAAUAGAAUUCUUCACAUUAGAUCAAAUUAUGAUUUAGGUGUUCCAACCGGAAAUCCAAAAAGUGUAGAGGGAAGGAUUUGGCAGUACCAGGAUGGUACUUUUGGAUUUGGAUUCCUUUCCGAUAAUUUGGUUGUACACAUGAAACCUAUUGUACAUAAUGGUUUCAUUGUCGAUACUGUAAAAGCUCCUGCUAAUUGAUUUUCCCUCUUGCACUCUGUACACCUAAACUUUAUGACAUAGUGUAUUGAAUAGGAUGGGAUAUCAAUAUUAUGGAUAUCACAAUGUUUCAUUUCAUUACAUCAUAUUUAUCCCAAUGUUGACAACAAAUUCCUAUUGAUUCUGUUCUUCUCCA